GUCUACCAAGUGGUGCUAUCUGCUUUGAGGAUUUUGCAUUCAUCUUAGAUCAGGAAUACUUGAACAAGCGAGCGGACUUGAUUGGCUCAAUGCCUAACGGGCCAUUGAAUUCUUAUAUUGAGAUUGCUCUUAGUAGUUGAUGGUGUUAUACAUCAGUUUUGAUGGCCAUGCCAGGAAUGCCUCUAUGGAGUAUAGAAAUAUACACAAGUAAUGCACAAUCACAUAAUCCGCUCUUUAUACAAUUUCAUAAAUAAUGUAGCGACUUCGGCCUGACGUCAUUCCGUCCCGCCAGCGAAAACCGCAAAAAAGGAGGGGUUAUCAAACCCCGCGAACAAGACGAAGCACGGUAAAAGCACCUGCAUUAUGAGCGAGGAUCAGGGCCCAGGGCCUCGUAAGCGGUCUGCUCUCAUUCUGUAUGGCUCGGAAACCGGCAAUGCGCAAGAGGUGGCCGAAGAGCUGGGAUCUCUGGCCGAGCGCCUCCAUUUCAUGACUCAGGUUUUGGAGAUGAACCAUGUCAAACCAGAGACAUUGAGCUCGUAUACUAUUGUUGUCUUUGCGAUCUCGACGACGGGGCAGGGUGAUCUACCUGCGAAUGCACGGACGUUUUGGAGAUCUUUGCUUUUGAAGAGGCUGCUGCCGACGUUUUUGCAGGGCGUUAGCUUUACGUCGUUUGGGUUGGGGGAUAGCUCUUAUCCUAAGUUCAAUUGGGCUUCGCGCAAGCUGUGUAAGAGAUUGGUUCAGUUGGGCGCCAGUGAAACCUAUCUUAGUGGAGAGGCGGAUCAACAGCACCCAGAAGGGCUGGAAGGAACUUUUAUUCCUUGGAUAACGGAUUUCCGCAAGCACUUGUUGGACACAUACCCUCUUCCUGAAGGUCAGGAUCCGAUACCGGAUGAUGUCCAAUUACCACCAAAAUGGGUGCUGCAAUUACAGGAUCAAACCCCAAACUCCAGCGCAGACCUAGCUGUUCAAGGAACAGAGAAUCAGAGCACUUCAGUUGAGGAUUCAAAGUCCCGACUGGAGCAUGACCACCGCCCAAUCCCAGAUACACUGACUGCAACACUAAUCCAAAAUAAAAGGGUGACACCUCCAAAGCACUGGCAAGAUGUACGACACGUCUCCCUGACGGUCCCCGACUCCGUCACCUAUGUCCCCGGCGACAUGAUCUCCAUUAUGCCCAAGAACUUCGCCGAGGACGUCCAAGCCCUGAUUCAGAUGAUGGGCUGGGAAGAGCAGGCCGAUCAGUUGGUCUCGCUGGUCCCUGCUAAUAGCCAGCACUCCGUCGAAGACCUACCUUUACCACCCAUUCCUAACCUGGAGUCGUAUCCGAAGCUGACGCUACGCGCACUCAUCACGGACUACUUAGAUAUCCGAACGAUCCCUCGCCGGAGGUUCUUCUCGGAGAUAUCUCAUUACACCAAUGAUGAAAUGCAGAAGGAGCGACUACUCGAAUUUACUAACCCCGAAUUCCUGGAUGAGCUCUGGGAUUAUACCUCACGACCGAGACGCAGUAUCUUGGAGGUUUUACAUGAGUUCGAUACGGUGAAGAUCCCAUGGCAGCAUGCGACGUCGGUAUUCCCCGUCCUCAGAGGGCGACAGUUCAGCAUUGCUAGCGGAGGCGAACUGAAGCGGACACCCGAAGGCGGAGCCAAGUUCGAACUAUUGAUCGCCAUUGUGAAAUACAAGACCAUAAUCAAGAGGAUCAGAGAGGGUGUCUGCACAAAGUAUAUUUCGGCACUCCAACCGGGGAGCACUCUGAAAGUUCACCUGCAGCGCGGAGGCCUGAAUUCGUCGUUAGGUCAACUCUCUGGACCAACGGUUUUGGUUGGUCCCGGCACCGGAGUCGCGCCGUUACGGUCUAUGAUUUGGGAGAAAGCUGCCUUUGUCAAGGCGUAUAAGGAGGAGCACGGUGGGAUUGAGCCGACCAUUGGGCCUACUAUUCUUCUCUUUGGAGGGCGUAACCGCAAUGCCGAUUUCUACUUCGACGAAGAGUGGCAGCAGCUUAGUAAAUUGGUUAGAUUGGAGGUCUUUGCGGCGUUCUCCAGGGACCAGAAACAGAAGGUCUAUGUGCAGGACGUUAUUCGGGAUAACUUUGGACUAUUCUUUAGACUCUUGCAUGAGAUGGCAGGUUCGGUGUAUGUGUGCGGCUCGUCAGGACGAAUGCCGCAAGCUGUCCGGGAGGCACUGAUUGAGGCAUUCCAGAACGGUGGGGCAACCGACGCAGAGCGCUUCAGCAGAGAAGAGGCAGAAGAAUAUUUGCUUGGCAUGGAGAAGUCUGGGCGGUACAAACAGGAGACAUGGUAAUAGAUGUAGGAAUCACAUGCUAUGGACGUGACUAUAGACGGAGCGUGAGUGUGUGGAUAGACCCCACCGAACGAGGGCAACGAUUCAAUGAACAAAAAUAGAGAACCAUCUACGCACAAUGAGAAUGAAUCAAUACCCGUAGU